AUGAUUGCUUUGCAGGAAAUCAAGCUCAAUGAUGGCAACUCCAUUCCAGUGCUGGGCUACGGGACUGGAACUGCAUGGUACAAGAAAGAAAAUGACACGGACAUCGACUGGGCGCUGGUCCAAACGAUAAAGGAUGCAAUUAGCUUGGGGUAUACUCACAUCGACGGCGCAGAGGAGUAUGGAACCGAGAGGGAGAUUGGGCUCGCUAUUAAAGAGAGCGGGAUUGCGCGAGAGAAUCUCUUCGUCACAACAAAAGUUAGCAACAACAUCGCCGACAUCCCCAAAGCCAUUGACACGAGUUUGAAAAAUCUCCAGCUUGACUAUGUCGAUCUAUACCUCAUCCACAAACCAUUCUACGCGAAGUCCGAUAAACAUUUUCAAGACGCAUGGAUUCAGAUGGAGAAGCUGAGAGAGGCAGGCAAGGCGCGAUCCAUCGGCGUCUCCAACUUCCGCCAAUACGAACUCGAGGCAGUGCUGAAGAAUGCCAAAGUCAUACCCGCCAUCAACCAGAUCGAGUAUCACCCAUAUCUACAGCAUGGCGUCUUGGUACCUUAUCACGAGGAGAAGGGGAUCAGAACCGCUGCGUACGCCCUGCUAACUCCAAUAACGAGGGCCAAAGGAGGUCCGAUCGACGAAAUCCUGGCUGCGCUUGCGAAGAAGUAUGCCGUUGGAGAGGCGGAGGUGUUGCUGCGGUGGUCCAUCGAUCGGGGCGCGGUAGCUAUCUCGACAAGUCAGAAAAAGUCUCGAUUGGCGGAUUAUAGGCGGGCGUUGCAAUUCAAAUUGACUCGGGCAGAGGUUGAGGAAAUUUCCAGGGUUGGAGAGCAGAAACAUUUCCGUGCAUUUUUCAAUGACAUUAUCGCUCCGGUCGAUAUGUCGUGA